CCGAAGAAGUCGCAAAGAUGGUGAUCUUCAGUGUGUAUGUAGUCAACAAGGCUGGGGGGUUAAUUUACCAGUAUGACAACUAUGUGCCGAGAGCGGAUGCCGAAAAGACGUUUAGUUACCCUUUAGAUUUGGUGCUCAAGCAUCACGACGAGAAGGUGGUCGUGUCGUUUGGGCAGAGGGACGGAAUCAAAGUGGGUCAUGCAGUUCUGUCCAUCAAUGGGAUUGAUGUGAUGGGAAAGAGUACAGCAGAUGGGAAGGACAUUCUGGAAUAUUUGAAAGAUCCCGCCAAUUAUCCAGUGUCGAUUCGAUUCGGACGCGCCCGCCUCAGCUCUAAUGAGAAACUGAUGCUGGCAUCCAUGUUCCAUUCGUUGUUCGCUAUCGGAUCACAGCUGUCUCCCGAGGUUGGAAGUUCAGGGAUAGAAAUGCUGGAAACGGACGUGUUCAAACUCCACUGUUUUCAGACUCUUACAGGAAUAAAAUUCAUAGUGCUGGCAGACCCGCGACAAGCCGGCAUUGAUGCUCUUCUCAGGAAAAUAUAUGAGAUCUAUGCAGAUUUUGCUCUAAAGAAUCCAUUCUACUCUCUGGAGAUGCCUAUCAGAAGACCCAGUUGUGAGAGCACACGUGUUUAUGUUGACAGCGCUGGCUCAGGAACGGAGAGGUAGGCGGAGGUCUUCGCCAGUGAAGGAGUCAAGCUCGAGAAAUUUGAAUAACCUAAUUUCACAGCUCUUGGCUGAAAAACAUCCAGAACUCAUGAAUGCGUGGGCGAUUUUAAUUCAUAUUUCACAUGUUUACUGAGGCACCAUAGAGACACUAUUACAUCCCAAAUACUAGAAAAAAGUUGGUCGGUCAAAAUACAGGACCUUUAACAUUCUGCUCCAAGAGAACCUUGGAUAUUUUAUUUUACAUGUCAUCUGUGGUCAAGUUUGUGAUGUUUGAAUUUUGUAUUUCUAGGUGUGAGCUUUUUGAUCAGAACUUAAAGAGUGCACUGGAGAUUGCAGAAAAGGCUGGUAACUUUGGAUCUGGAUCGUAAAUAAGAAAAUAAC